AACCAGAGGCAUGGAAGACCCCAGGCCUUUCUGCUCGCAGAACCGGAUCACACACAGACGGAUAUUCACCAGCCUUCACCCUCUUCUCGUGUCUCUUGCAUAGCUACAAAAAGCCAAAGGGACACUAGGAACCAUCGAUAAAUAUUUGUCUAAACCAUGAAUGAGUAAAGGCUAGGGAAGGGGUGUGUUCUGAGAGCCCAUCCUCACCGACCACACCUCUGCAGUUCCUGCUAGAUAAAAACUCUCCCAGGAGGAGCCAGCAGGUCUGAAGCAGCAGCUUCCUGGUCUCCGGCUGCAGAGUGGAGCCAUGCCCAGGUAUACAGUGCAUGUGCGCGGGGAAUGGCUGGCUGUGCCCUGCCAGGACGCGAAGCUCACUGUGGGCUGGCUGGGCCGUGAGGCCAUACGGCGCUACAUGAAGAACAAGCCGGAUAAUGGUGGCUUCGCCUCGGUGGAUGAUGUGCGCUUCCUCAUGCGUCAGUGCAAGGGUCUGGGCUUACUGGACAAUGAGGACUUGCUGGAGGUGGCCCUGGAGGACAAUGAGUUCGUGGAAGUGGUCAUCGAAGGCGAUGCAAUGUCACCCGACUUCAUUCCCUCUCAACCAGAAGGAGUUUACCUAUACAGCAAAUACCGGGAGCCUGAAAAGUAUAUCGAUUUAGAUGGGAACAGCCUGACCACGGAAGACCUGGUCAACUUGGGAAAGGGACUCUACAAAAUAAAGCUGACUCCAGUUGCUGAGAAAAAGGUACAGCAAUCCAGAGAAGUCAUAGACAAGAUCAUAGAGGAAAAAACGGUUGUUUACGGCAUUACUACAGGCUUUGGGAAAUUUGCCAACACCAUAAUUCCUAUCAGAAAGCUACAGGAACUUCAGGUCAACUUAGUUCGCUCCCAUUCUGCAGGUGUUGGGAAACCAUUCAGUCCUGAAAGGUGUCGGAUGCUCUUGGCACUAAGGAUCAAUGUCUUAGCCAAAGGAUACAGUGGCAUUUCCCUGGAGACCCUCAGACAAGUUAUUGAAAUAUUUAAUGCCUCCUGCCUGUCCUACGUCCCAGAGAAAGGAACUGUGGGUGCCAGUGGAGACCUUGCCCCACUCGCUCAUCUGGCUCUCGGGCUAAUUGGAGAAGGGAAAAUGUGGUCUCCAAAGAGUGGCUGGGCGGACGCCAAAUACGUCCUGCAAGCCCAUGGACUAAAACCAGUUGUUUUGAAACCAAAAGAGGGCUUGGCGCUCAUCAAUGGGACACAGAUGAUCACAUCCCUGGGCUGUGAAGCUGUCGAGAGAGCCAGUGCCAUCGCCCGGCAGGCUGACAUUGUGGCAGCCCUGACCCUUGAGGUGCUGAAAGGCACCACCAAAGCCUUCGACACUGACAUUCACGCCGUUCGGCCCCAUCGUGGGCAAAUCGAAGUUGCUUUUCGAUUUCGGUCACUUUUGGACUCGGAUCACCACCCGUCAGAAAUAGCAGAGAGUCACAGGUUCUGUGAUCGUGUUCAGGACGCGUACACCUUGCGCUGCUGUCCCCAGGUCCAUGGUGUGGUGAAUGACACAAUAGCAUUUGUGAAAGGCAUCAUUACCACAGAACUGAACAGUGCAACAGAUAAUCCUAUGGUCUUUGCCAGCAGGGGAGAGACAAUUUCUGGAGGAAACUUCCACGGUGAAUACCCAGCCAAAGCCCUGGACUAUUUGGCUAUUGGUGUCCAUGAGCUUUCUGCGAUUAGUGAAAGAAGAAUCGAAAGGCUCUGUAACCCCUCCCUCAGCGAGCUGCCCGCCUUCCUGGUGGCUGAAGGCGGUCUGAACUCGGGGUUCAUGAUAGCCCACUGUACAGCUGCAGCCCUCGUUUCGGAGAGCAAGGCCCUGUGUCACCCUUCCUCUGUGGACUCGCUCUCUACCAGCGCCGCCACGGAGGACCACGUCUCCAUGGGCGGGUGGGCAGCCAGGAAGGCGCUCAGGGUCAUCGAGAACGUGGAGCACGUGCUGGCCAUCGAGCUUCUUGCAGCAUGCCAGGGCAUCGAGUUUCUACGCCCCCUGAAAACAACCACUCCCCUGGAGAAGGUCUAUGACCUGGUGCGCUCUGUUGUAAGGCCCUGGAUAAAAGACCGCUUCAUGGCCCCAGACAUCGAGGCAGCCCACAGAUUGCUCCUUGAGCAGAAGGUGUGGGACGUAGCUGCGCCAUACAUUGAAAAAUACAGAAUGGAGCACAUUCCAGAAUCAAGACCUGAGUCUCCAACAGCCUUUUCCCUGCAACAUUUGCACCAGAAAGUCACCAAAAUCCCAGAGACAGAGGAACUUUGAUGGGUUUUGUUAUGAGUUAGAUCAUGGUGUUCAGCUGAACACCAAGUGGUUCUACGGUAAAGGAGAAAGCUGGGCACUUCCCUAGGUAGAUGAGUUUCCCUGAGGCCUGACUUGGUUAGGACUGUAGCAAUAAUAUAGUUGCUCAGUCCAGCACCACGUCCUUGUUCCUGUAGCGUAAGAUGUACUGGGUGUUUGGGGGUUUAAGAGUUUUCUUUCUUAAAAAUAUCAACGUAACUACAAUUGUAUGGGUCUGUUUUUUUAGCUCUUAGCAUCAGAUGAACUCAAAUUUGGGAACAGAUUGGUAGUAUCCUUCUCCAAAAGAUUAGAUUUCACCAACAUUAUUUUGUCAUUUGCUUUGAGAAGCUCCUCAUUAGCUGACUUCCUUUGGCUGAUUAUCUAUGCCAUAACAUGACAAAUGUUCUUAAUAUGCAUUCAUAAAGAACCAUUCCAUGUCA